GUCAUCUGCGGCGCUACACGGAAAUUUUGAAAAUUGUAAUUGAUACUCGUGCGUACUACGUAGUAGGCCGUUUUGCAGAAAGGAGCCAAACUGUGUAGUUGAACGACAAAAGGAAACCGUGAAAGCGUGCAGACUGUAGCGUUCGCCAGCUUUCAAUGAAAAUGUAGGUUGGGUGUUCACGCGGUGGUAGUCUGUUUUUAGGAAAGCCGUGACAUGUAGCUCUUAUGAAGGUACAGGACUGCAGAACUGUAGCGCACCACCAGAAGAGCUGACACGAAAUGGCGCAGCCUGUGGAUAAAAUUGAGUACCGUGCGGUAAUUGGUUUUUUACUUUUGAAGGGAAACAGUGCUGCAGCAAUCUACGCUGAAUUGGUGAAGGUGUACGGCAGCAACACACCGUCUUAUGACACAGUGGUCAGGUGGCACAGGCGCUUCAGGUCAGGUCAGACAAGUUUGAACGACGAAGAACGGAGUGGCAGACCUUCCCUCACUGACAAACCGGGAAUCACAAGUGAAGUGGAGGCCCUGGUGGUUGAAGACAGGCGUAUAACGAUUGAGGCAAUAGCAGAAAAAGUCAGAAUCAGUCACGGAUCAGUUUUCAACAUGUUGCAUGACGUUUUGAACAUGAAAAAGAUAGCUGCCUGCUGGGUUCCGAGACAGCUGACACCCAUUCAAAAAGCAUGCCGAGUUGAGGCGGCAGCAGAAAUGUUGCGAUUGUGUCGGGCUGAUCCGGUUGACUUCUUUAGCCUCCUAAUCUCUGUGGACGAGUGUUGGGUGUACCACUAUGAUCCCAUGACAGAGGAGCUAAACAAGGAGUGGAAACGAGGUGAAAUACUGCCAGCAAAAAGGGCAAAAAUGCAACAGUUGUCUGGCAAGGUGUUACUGAGGGUAUUUUGGGACUGUCAUGGUGUGCUGCUGACAGAUUAUGCUUGUCGGGGGCAAACUGUCACAGGGACUUAUUACUGAAACCUCCUGACAGAGUUAAGGAACAUCUUCAGGAAGAAGCGUCACAUGAAGCUGUCGAAGGGGGUGUUUCUGCUCCGUGACGACACCCCAGCUCACUCUGACCGGGACACGCAAUCACACGCUGCUGAUCUGGGCUAUCAGAUUUUGCCACACCCACCGUAUUCGCCUGACAUGGCCCCGGGAGACUUCUUCCUCUUUCCUAAGAUGGAGAAAAUAUUGCGUGGCAGACAUUUUGAGAACGACGAUGAGGUGACUAUGUAGGUGGAACAUUUCUUGAACAGCCAGAAUGAAGACUUCUAUGACAACGGCCUCCCUCAGAUCAUCCAUCGUUGGGAACAAUGUAUUGCAUUGGAAGGUGAAUAUAUAGAGAAGGACUAACACUAUUACAGUCUCGUGACAGUCGCAACUUUAUUUUGAGAUGAUACUUAAAACUUUGACUACCCUUUGUAAGUGAUUGGAAAGUAGUUUAA